AUGGACUUCACGAUAAGAAUUGGGGCUGAGUACACGGCCAUUUCGCCCGACAAGCACAUCGUGAGCUGCCCAGCCACGCGGAAAGAAGUCUGUGUGCGAGUCGACUGGCUGUGGCUAUACCCAGUUGCUACCUUAGGUGCAGCGACAUAUGUGGAUAUGUUUUGGGGCAGAGGGUGUGGUAUUUUGGGAACGGUCCUCACCAUCACUCUUGUUGUCGGUUCAAUCCCGCCCGACGUGUACUACAGCUAUGCCCAGCCUGGCGAUUUCUUCAUCGCUGGCCUGUUCCCGUUUCAUAUUUAUAACCCCGGCAGUGCCCCGUGUGACUCGGCGCUGUCUGCCUGGGCUGUAGAGCUGUCACAGACUAUGGUCUAUGCGUUGGAAGGCAUCAACCGGCGAUCGGACUUGCUCCCGAAUGUAACCCUGGGGUUUGAAAUCAGAGAUGACUGCUACUCGGAGUCCAUGACGCUCUUCACGACCCUCUCACUGCUGGCCAGCAACGGUAGGCUAAUUGACCUGGACGCCCUGGGGCAGUUCAGGCCAAGCAACAGGCACGAGAACAGCACUUUCCUUGGUGCAAUCGGGCCAGUAUCAAGUUCCAACAGCAUCAUGGCCGGAAUGACCGGUAGCCUUUUCCGGGUGCCCAUCAUCUCGUACCUGGCCACGAGUGACGAGCUAUCCAACAAGAACAGGUUUCCCUAUUUUCUGCGUAGCACUCCGCCGGACAUGCUAAACGCUCAAGCAAUCAUCGAUAUAUUACAAUGGUUCGGCUGGGACUAUGUCGCUUUAAUCUACUCCUUAGACAGCUACGGGAUCCGUGGGGCUCAAGAGGUGCAGAAGCUAACCGAAAAGAACGGCAUCUGUUUGGCGUUUUCGUCGCCGAUAAGCAACAACCCUUCAGAGGAAGAGAUCGAAGAAGUCGUGCAGAAACUGAGGACAUACAGAUAUGCGACGGUAGUCGUCGUCUUCGCAGCCUCCGGUGCACCUUACGCAAUUCUGGACGAGUUCCACAACCAACUCCCUGACUCGAACCUCACUUUCAUCGGAAGUGCUGCCUUUGAGUCGGUGUACAGGCUGAAAAAGAUAAGCUUGUCGGAGAACACAGUGGGCGGGAUAUUCGUCCCACUCCUCUAUCGCGAUAUAGACGGGUUCGAGCAGUAUUUCCGAUCCAUCGGCGCAGAGCCAGACGUGCAUGUAAGUAAAUGGUUUCAUGAGUUUCAGACAGCAUGGCUAGCGGAAAGGAACUGUACCCAGUUUAGCGAGUGCCCGCCGCUGACUAAUAACGACGAAAUAUUCGUAAUGAAUGCGGUGAACAUCUUUGCCCAUGCGCUGCAUGAGGUUCUAACAAGCGUUUGCCAAGAAAAUUUGACCUGCACCUCAGAAAUUGUUUCUGUUGGGGAACGAUUUCUUCCCUACUUGCUCCAGGUGGAUUUCGUAGGGGCUGACGGGCCGUUUCGGUUCGAGAACAAUGGCGAACCAACUGGCCGUUACACGCUGAAGAACGUGCAGAUGACGGAUGAAGGAAAGAUCCAUACCGUUCAAGUUGGUAUUUGGGACUCGCUGAAAUCAGAAGAGCGUCUGACGGUCGAGGAAGAUGAUGUGAUCUGGGCAGGAAAGAAACAAAUGCCUCCCCGUUCUACUUGUCGACAGCAAUGCCGACCGGGUUACAUCGAGGUUCCUUUGGAACAGAAGUGCUGCUGGGGUUGUCGACAGUGUCCUGUCAAUGCCAUCACUAAGAACGUCCUCCUUCGAUUGCAGUCAUAG